AUGGGCAAAAUGGGAACGGAAUUUAGUACGAAAAAUGUGAGGGUCGAAUGCAAAUUAGAGCUUUGCAAAGCAAAGAGGUUCAGUGUGCGUCAUACUUCAAAUUUCAUCCGACUCUUCCAACCCAAUUUUAUUGAUCUCAAAACAAACUUUUCCAAGAUCUGCCUCACUUCUAUUAACAUGUCGUUGUCUGAUUUCUACCAAACUCAUCCUCAUUACCGCACAAGACUUGCGCUACACAUCAGAGAUUCCAUGGAAGAUAUUGUUGAGGCAUCAGUUGCAGCCUAUGACCUAAUCAAGAAGGAGCAAGUGAGCGCCAUCAUCGGACCAAGAAGCUCUAUGCAAGCCGAGUUUAUGAUUAAAGUGGCCAACAAAUUUCAAGUGCCGACCAUCACUUUCUCUGCAACGAGCCCUCUUCUUAAAUCUAUCGACAAUCCUUACUUCGUCCGAGCCACUAUCGACGACUCAUUCCAGGUCGAAGCCAUUGCAGCCAUUGUCAAAUCAUUUGGGUGGAGAAGCGUCGUCGCCAUUUAUGUUAACAACGAGAUAGGUAAAGAAAUCAUGCACUCCUUGUCAGACGCUUUAGAAGACGUUGAAGUCCAAAGAAGUGCGAUCUCUCAAGAGGCUAGCGAUGAUCAGAUUCUGAAGGAACUUUAUAAACUCAAGACAGAGCAGACGAGGGCAUUCGUUAUCAACAUGGACGCAAGUCUCGGAUUCCGGGUUUUGAAGAAAGCUAGAAAAAUAGGGAUGAUGGAGGAAGGGUAUGUUUGGUUACUAUCAAAUGGAAUGACCCAUAUGAUGAGAGACAACGGUCGUAGCUUAGAGACUAUGCAGGGCUUGUUAGGUGUGAGGAGUUAUGUCCCUCAGUCUAAGGAGCGUGAAGAUUUCAGUUUGAGAUGGAAAAGAAAACUCGAGAAGGAGAACCGGACGGGGGAUGGUACAGAGCCUAAUGUUUUCGCAUUGCGGGCGUAUGAUUCGGUCACUGCAUUGGCCAUGGCCGUGGAGAAAACCAACACAAAGACAUAUAUGAAGACCUACGGUUCACAUCUUAUAGAGGCUCUCUCGGAUAUAGAAUUCAAGGGUUUAGCAGGAGAGUUCAAACUCAUUAACAGGCAGCUCGAGUCAUCAACUUUUGAGAUCAUCAAUGUUGUUGGAGAUGAAGAGCGGAUUGUCGGAUCAUGGACACCAAGCAGUGGACCUGUGAAUGCAAAAUCAGACAAAACGACAUUAUUUUUGGGCAAGAGGUUUGGGCCAGUAAUAUGGCCUGGGAACUCGACCGUUGUUCCAAAAGGUUGGGAGAUUCCAACAAGCGGGAAGAAGAUUAAAGUGGGUGUUCCAGUAAAGAAAGGAUUCAUCAAUUUUGUGGAGAUAAAGACAGAUCCAAUCAGUAAGGUAACAACCACAACGGGAUACGCCAUAGACAUCUUUGAAGCUGCUCUUAAGAAGUUACCAUAUUCAGUCAUUCCUCAAUACUACGGUUACGAGUCUCCAGAGAAUAACUACAAUCAUUUGGUCCAACAACUCUAUGAAGGGAAGUGGGAUGCAGUUGUUGGAGAUAUAACAAUCACAGCGAACAGGUCAUUGUAUGUUGAUUUUACGUUACCAUACUCAGAGUCUGGAGUGUCUAUGGUAGUGCCGCUAAGGGACAGCAAGAAUAAGAACGCAUGGGUGUUCCUCCAACCAUGGAGCUUAGACUUAUGGGUCACCACUGUUUGCUUCUUCGUAGUCAUUGGUUUUGUUGUGUGGCUGUUAGAACACAGAGUCAACACCGACUUUCGUGGACCGCCUCACCACCAGAUCGGCACUAGUUUCUGGUUCUCCUUCUCUACCAUGAAUUUUGCCCACCGUGAGAAGGUGGUAAGCAAUUUAGCAAGGUUUGUGGUGGUGGUAUGGUGCUUUGUGGUGCUUGUGCUCACUCAGAGUUACACAGCGAAUCUCACCUCUUUUCUGACUGUUCAACGUUUACAACCAUCAGCCACUAAUGUGGAAGAUCUCAUCAGAAAUGGGGAGUCUGUAGGGUACCAACACGGCACUUUCGUCCGAGAUUUUCUAAGAAAUCUGAACUUUUCUGAAACACAGCUCAAGCCUUUUGCUUCUGCCGAAGAAUGCGACGAUCUUUUGUCCAAAGGGACAUGGAAAGGUGGUAUAGCAGCAGCUUUUGACGAAGUGGCCUACCUUAAGGAUAUCGUUUCUCACAACUGCUCCAAAUAUGCCAUGGUUGAACCUUCCUUUAAGACUGUUGGUUUUGAACCUUCCUUUAAGACGGCUGGUUUUGGCUUUGCAUUUCCCAAGAAUUCGCCUAUGACAAAAGAUGUCUCAAUCGCUAUCUUGAAUGUGACUCAAGGAAAAGAAAUGCGACGCAUCGAGAACAAGUGGUUCAACCGUGUCACUAGUGAAUGUCCUGAUCCAAAUUCCGAUCUUUCGUCUAACCGUCUCAGUCUCAGUAGCUUCUGGGGGCUGUUUCUAAUAGCAGGCGUUGCUUCCUUCUUGGCACUUCUCGUCUUUGUAGCCCUCUUCUUGUACGAACAUAGGCACACACUAUGUAGUAAAUCCGAAGGUUCCAUAUGGAGAAAACUGAAGUCUUUGUUCAGAAUCUUUGAUGAGAAAGACACAAGGUCGCACACUUUCAAGAGCAAUGCGGUUCAUAAUGUGAGUUCACCUAUUACUCCAUGCACUCUGAGUCCUUCGAAUGUGCAGAUCAGACCAUUGCCACGAAGCAUGUCAUUAAACAGGGAGUUUGAGAUAAGACGAGCAUGUUUCUCCAUGAGUGAAGAACGUUUCAGGACGCAACCAAAACAUGAUAAACAGGGAGAAUCUGAUAUUGAAUUUGGAGCUGAAAGACAGAGAGAAGUUAAACAAACUCAAUAGAAAGUUACGUUGUAAGUCAUCAGCUUAAGUUGUUAUUAACUUUUACGUAUAUAAGCUGUAUUUAUUGCACUUGAUAUUAAUAUAACUCAACGGUGUACACUUGACGCAUUCAGUAGCAAUUGACUAGUUUGGA